AUGAAGCAGGCCAAGAACUAUGUGCAGCAAACAGGGAAGUGGGAGGGAGGCGUCUUUGAGCCGGCGUGUCUCGUCCGUUUCUCACUUGCCGCUUGGGCGGAGGCCAGCAGAGAUGGAGGAGCGGGCGUCCAGCAGCCCCCCCGGCCAGACUACCAGCUCCACGGAGCUGCCUCCUCCUUGAGGUCAAGCGAGGCCGCGGAGACCCAGCGGGACCUCACGCCCUCCACAGUCGGGGAAGAGACGGAGAGUCCCUCCCCUUCGGCCCAGAUGGGAAGGGUCUGGUAUCUGUCCUCUUGUCUCUCCGUGCCUCCUUGGGGUAAUUGGGCAGCUCCAGGGGGAAACGAGCCCAUUUGGCUAACAAAUGGCGACUCCGCCGGGACUUCUCUCCCUGUAGAGGGCACUGACCGACGGCCGAGGGCGAUUCCGAGGAGUGGCCACCUCGAGCUGUCGCUUUGCUCGGGCCUCGGAUUGUCACAGUCGGCCGGGGCGGCUGCGUCCUCUCUGAAGAGAACUCCGAAGGACACGGAAGCAAGACGGCUCCAGAAGGAGGGGAAGUCUGACUGCCGGACGCGGCCACUUCGGGCGCUUCAUCGAUACGCGGCGCCAUUCCAGGCCCUCCCCUUGGACCAGACCGUGCAUCCGUUCCGGAUCGGUGACCAGGUCCUUGUCAAGAAGUGGAAACGCGACCCCCUGACGCCAAGGUGGGACGGUCCACACACCGUUUCGCUCAUCAGCCAGGCCGCAGUUAAAAUUCUCGGGAGCGACAAAUGGACACAUCACACCCGGGUAAAGCGGUUUCUGAAUCCUGACCAGGGAACCAAUUCCACGGAAGAGGACACCAGCCCUCUGCCCGCCCCGGCCCCGGAAGCCCGGGGUGGCACGGGCGGAGACACCAUCUGGGAGUAUCAAGGACUCGAUGGACUAAAAGGACUGUUUAGAAAAAAGCAAUCAUGAAUUCAUUAUUAAUAUUUCUGUUCAUAUGUGUCUAUCAUGGCUAUGGUUGGGAGAAUAGGUUUGUACAACUAGGAGAAACAAUAGCGGGUUCCUUCAAUCUUAGUAGCUGCUGGGUUUGUGGAGGUCCAGGGGAUUGGAAUGAGUGGCCUUGGGUAGCCCAGCCAGUGCAAGCUAAAUGGCGGAUUAGUAAUUUAAGUAUAGUCCACAAAGGAACAGAAGUUUGGACUGAGGAUAGUAGCCCUUGGCGACUCUAUUCCUCUGGAGUAGGGAUCCUUUGUCUCAACCGAACAAAACAAGAAGGGGUGUAUGUGGGCGAGAGCCAAUGUGACUGGACUCUAUCUCUAGGAUUUGACUGCUAUGAUCACCCUAGUUGCCAUACGUAUGACUGUUCUAAAUAUCAAGGACGAUGGAACCAUACCCACGUGAAACUUACUAAUCAUAGCUGGGUAAAAUGUUCCUACCAACAGCAUACUGGCGAAGGCUGUAAGGCAGUUGGACAAGAUGGGUUCUUUGAUGCCCUCUUUCUAAGUUGCCAGCGAGAUAAUACCGACAGUAAGGAUCACGUGGUACGCUGGUAUCAGUGGGCAUGGCAACACUCUAAUGGAACUCGGGUAACCCAUUUUAACCAUUUUUGGUCUACUACCAAAAGCCCUAGAUUUGGUUGUAAUUGUGCUUGGAGGGAAGGGGCCGGGGCAUGGAAAUGUGACUAUUGUAAUCCUGGCGGUACAUCUGUUGUACUAGGGGGGCCCCUGGAGAUGGGUAACCCUUUGUAUUAUGAAGAACCAGGCCCCGAGGACUAUCCUGAGGCCUGGGAUGGCCCCUUUGCGAACGGACAAUGGGCCCUAAAAGGCCAUUACUGGAUAUGUGGGCAAUACGCUUAUCGAAGAUUGCCCCCAAAUUGGUCAGGAAUAUGUUAUGUUGGGUACAUUAGGCCCUUGUUCUUUCUAUUACCCCAAAUUCAGGGAAAUAAAUUAGGAAUUAAGGUAUAUGACGACUUGAUUAGGGAAAGGCGGUCUGUUGAUUCCGCAUUGACCGCUGGAAGUUCCCAAACGUGGGGAGCUCAAGAGUGGCCCCCUGAGAGAAUUAUACAGCAUUAUGGUCCAGCUACAUGGAAUCCUAAUGAGUGGAUCUCAGGGGCAAGGGAGCCCAUUUACAACUUGAAUCGGAUAAUUAGGCUGCAAGCCAUCUUAGAAAUAAUAACUAAUCAGACGGCUGCAGCUCUCGAUCUUUUGGCCGAUCAGUCCACUCAGAUGAGAAAUGCGCUCUACCAGCACCAUCUAGUUCUUGAUUAUUUGCUGGCAGAAGAAGGAGGAAUCUGUGCAAAAUUAAACGAAUCUAAUUGCUGUUUACAAAUAGAUGAUAAUGGAAAGGCGGUAAAACAGCUAACGAAAGAAAUGAGGAAGUUAGCCCAUGUCCCGGUCCAAACAUGGGGUGGGUGGAAUACGGACUGGUUCACGUCCUGGUUACCGCAACUAGGAUGGCUCCGAGAAGGCCUUCUUCUCUUUGUACUCUUCAUUACAACUUUAUUAACCCUAGCUUGCUUUGCUCCCUGUGUAGUUGCAUUAGUUCGACGAAUGGUUAAUCAAAUUAUACACCAACAAAUGAUGGCCCAAUACCAGCCGGUGAAGGCUGAGGAUUGGGGGCCAUAAGGCUCUCAAAAUGCUUUUUAGGGGGGAAUCUUGUUAGGCCCAAAAACUGAAUAACAUGUUUAUCUCGGCUUCUGCUUGUUAUCCCAGUAAAGAUGCUUAUCUCAGCUUUCACUGUUGUUUCCCAUGCAUGAAGCUGCACAUAUACAGGAUGUAUAGAAGAUAUAUGGCAAAGGGGAGGGGGUUGGACGGACCCUGGGAAAGGAAUGUGAAGGACGGGAAGCUAAACAGAUGUAUCCUGAUUACUACUAGAACUGAAUUUAAACAAUGCAUAGGUUAGCAGAAUUUAGACACGCUAAGUUGUUUGUCUCUCUGUAUAAAAAAGGGCCCAGUUGUGCUUGUAAGGUGUGACUCUUUCUCAGGCACUAGCCGAGUAGAGCACCCUCUCAGCUGACUGACUAAUAAAGGGUCUGGUAUCUGUC